UGGGACAUUUCUCCAGAAGACCACUUUUCCGAUUCCUCACUCAGCCCGAUGUCGUAUCUGCGAUUAAUUCUAUAACUGCUGAUAAUAUAUUCGACUACUAUCGGCAGGAAAUGUCAAAUAGCCAACUUUCGCAAGUAUAUCAAGUGAUGAACCAAGAUUUGGAGGAAGUACUCGAAUCAAAUUUCUUUAAAGAAGAUACGACGCGUGUUCUGAAAGACAUUAGAGACACUUGGGUUGAAGUAGGGACUGCGUGUCGCUUACUUCUGGUGUAUGAGGACUGCGGUCGCUCAUAUGACCCUGAUCGGUGGCAAACUUGGGGACUGCGGUCGCUCAAGUUUGGAAGUCUGGGGACUGCGACGUGGAAAAAACAACGCAUUCGAUUCUAUAAAAAUAAAGAAGCGAUCAACAAACAAAAAACCGGUCGCGAAGUUCAGUUUCAAAAGUGCGUCACGAAAUAUCAAAGAGGUAUCGCUAAAGUUACCGACGCGGAAGUUGAUAAGUGGGCUGAAAAAUCGGUAAACGUUGGUAAAGAAAAGGGAGAACCUUCAGUCCGCAGAUCGCCUCGACCAAUGAAACGCGUUAACUACGCUGAAGAUAACUCAGACGAAGAGAGGAAGAUGAGGAGAGUAAAUAGUACUGUUCAUUCGCAAUCGACGGAAUCUCCACAACCUAGAACCCCACCGCAAGCUCCUCGGGAUUUAACUCCAUUGACAACAACUCCGAAUAAGCGACCGCUGAAUAAAGAGGAAAUUCAGCGAUAUUCCGAAGAUAUCUCUGUUAUAUGUGCUUUUGAUAAAUCUGUUUCGGAGUUGACCUUAGAAAUCGGCGAGGAGCUUGCCAUUGAGCUAUCCUCUAUUCGUGACAUCAAUCCUGCUGUGUGGUCGCAUGCUCUGGAAAAAUACAUUGAUACUUCUCUUAAAGAAACUGGAAAAAAAUUCAAAACUGCAAUUCAGGUUGAAGUUCCGAAUGAACCAUUUCGGUUGUAUUGCGAAAAAGUUCUUCUUGAUUUUUAUAAUCUUGUUGAUGUAAACUCUACAAUGGACCGAAAUAUAGGCGAACGGAAAUUUAUUACAUAUCAAAUCUCAUCGAUUUUAAAAUUUUAUGAGCGGACGUUUUUGAAUCUUAACUUCGAUUGGAUUGAAAGCCAUGCAUCUUCGGCAAAAAUAACAAAAUCCGCAACAAAUUCAGGCAUAAUUAAAGUAGAUUCCAAGGCAACUCGGUAUUCAGAUGGACAAGAAGUUUGGCAUAUGGAAGUGGUCGGUGGACCGUGCAAAACAACAGACUUACAUACCCUUGGUGAUACGAAAAAAACUAUGCGAAUGGAUGUUUUGAAUUUAAUUGGAAUUUUACGAAAUCACUUUGAUUGUGACAUAAAACUCGCCACUAAAAUCAAAGUGUUCUGUACUCAGGUGAUCGGUACACGAAUGACUCUCUAUGCAUUGAAUAUGCUCCCGGAUGGAAGAUUUCUUUCUUCGGAACUUGCUACAGCUUUAAUCCCUUUCAGCUUCCAUGGUCGAAAUCAAUAUAAAGCUCUUCUCAGAAUGAUGGCUAUCUUUCAUGAUGAGAUAACAAAACAAGAAGAAUUAAUGGGCGAGAUUGAACGAUCUGUACUUCGAUCUAAAGGAACAACAGUUCGUCAUGUAUUAAAGAUUCCCGAUGAAUUGUUUGAGUGA